AGAUGGAGUAACAACCUUAUUUGAUGAAUAAGAGCAACCUACAGGUAAAUGUGGAGUGUUAUUAUGUAAUAAAGAUAGGGAUUUAUGAAAUUAAACAUACUAUUAGAUGUUUGGUUCCAUUAAUUGGAGCUGCAGCUCAUUUAUCCGAUGAAUAUGUUAAUCAACAUAUUCAAGAUAUUAAAACAGCUACAGUUUUAUUCAGUGAAGUAUAUUUCUUAUAUCCAAGAGCUGAACUUACAAAGAAAAUAUAUAAAAUAGCAUCAGAAAGUGGUGUAAAUACUUGUUUGACUCUAUCAAGUGUAAAUGCAGUAAGUGAUAAAUUUAAUGAUAUAUUGGCUGUUUUACCAUAUGUUGACUUUUUGUUUGGUCAUGAAGAGGAAGUUGAACAAUUUGCUAAGAAUUUAAAAUUGGAAGGAGAUCUUGCAUAAGUUAUGUAAUAAAUUGCUGCAUAUGAAAAGGUUGGUUAAAGAGAGAGAGAGUUGUAGUAUGUACUUAAGGUAAAAAACCAACUUUGAUUGCUAAGAAAAAUGAAGUUAUUACAGUUGAAGUUUAAUUAGUUGAUGUUUCAAAAAUUGUAGGUACAAAUAGUGCUGGAGAUUCAUUUUGUGGAGGGUAUUAGAUUAUUUGAAUAUUAUUUAGAUUCAUAGCUGAAUUAUUGAAUGGUCCAGAUUUAAUAAAAUGUGCAAAGGCUGGAAAUUAUUCAGCAUCAUAAACAAUAUAACAUGAGGGAAGUACAAUUCCAAAAUAUGUACCAGAGAAGAGUUGGUGA